GAGUAAGUUACUCUUUAAAGAGCGGCUAACUCAAGACUCCGAAGUCCGGUAGUGUAAUUGCUGCGGUUCGGAUACUACGUGAGGUGACAAAUAAAUCGAAUCAUUAAAAAAAAUGCUGAUUAAAUCGUUGAUUUGUUUAAUAGUUGUUAGUGCUAUUUCGUCUUCCUACGCUCUCAAUGUGUCACAGUGUCAUAAUAUAGAUGAACCCAUUCCUGGCUUAACGGAUCGUGUUAAAGUGGGAAAUUGUAAGAAGCCACCAUGCAGACUAAGAAAAAACGCCAGCAUUAGAGUUGAAAUGAACUUCACUGCAGACGAAGAUGUCGAAAAAUUAACAAAUUCGAUACAGGCUUAUAUCUCCGGAGUACCUUUCCCUUUUCCUGGAUAUGACCAAACGGAUGCUUGUAAGAAUAUUUAUAUAAAAGACAGAGAUCAUCCGGCAGGGUGUCCACUUAAGAAAGGACAAGAUUAUCUUUAUAGUACCGACAUUGAUGUUCUCCAGAUUUAUCCAAGGCUGAAGAUUGUGGUUCACUGGGCACUGACAAAACCAAAUGGAAAAGAUCUUAUAUGUUUUGAAUGUCCAGCGAGGAUUACCAACUAAUUAAUCCUAGUGGUACAAACCUGAUAUUAUUAAUAGGAGUAUUUUUUUCAAAUACAUUUGUUAUAAAAGAAAA